AGACGGGGUUUCACCAUGUGGUCAGGGUGGUCUUGAAUUCCUGACCUCAAGUAAUCUGCCUGCCUCGGCCUCCCAAAGUGCUGGGAUUACAGGCGUGAGCUGCGCCCGGCCAGCUGCUGCUGUUUUAGACAAUGGUUGAUGAAGGGUUUGAAGGCCUAAACAAUAGAGCUUUUGUUAUGUUUUGUUUUUGAGUGGUCCUGAACAGUUCUUUUGGGCAGGGGAAUUUGUCUGUGUGUGAAUGUGCAAACAUAUAUAUAAUCUGAGUGGCUGCCUGGCCUUGUCCUAGGUUUUGUCCCGUAUGCAUGCCGUCUUUUUUUUUUUUUUCUGCAUGUAUGUGUAUUUUCUUAAGGCGUCUGUCCUGCACUAGACUUUGGCUUGCCUUUCCAGGCCAGCUUCCAGAGGAUGCUUUGGCAGUUUUCCCUCUGGGUAACCAAGCAGGCUGCAGCCAGCAGAUGGCACUGCAGCAGAAAGGGGCAGAGUCCCUUUAGGCCCUUGACAAGCAGGGCGGAUUAGUAACCUUGUAAUUUAACCCUCCAGUUAGCCUUGGAGGACUCGGUGUCGCACUUCCGCCCGAACUCUAAUAAAGCGGGCCGAGUUGUGUGCAAUUAAGGCUUUCAGUAUGCAAAUCUGAAUCUGUACUUUUGUCUCCUCCACCCCACUCCCAUCAUUAGACUGGCAACGUCUUUUGUCACGUUGUCAAAGUGUCCUCAGGGGAGCGGUAUCUAGAUAUCGCCGAUUUCUGGUUAAAGUGGCUGAAGUGAUCCCAGCAUUAAUUAAAUGCAGGAGAAUCGAGAUUCUCCUGAUAGUUUAAGGAAAAGAAAAAUUCACACAAGCAAACGGGCAACCAUUUGAAUAUUUUCCGACGUGGUACUUUAAGAUCUGAAAUAUGCGACUUGUUUUUUUUGUUGUUGUUGUUUCGUUUUUUUUUUUUUUUGAGACGGAGUUUCCGCUCUUGUUGCCCAGGCUGGAGUGCAAUGGCGCGAUCUCGGCUCACCGCAACCUCCGCCUCCCAGGUUCAAGCGAUUCUCCUGCCUCAGCCUCCCGAGUAGCUGGGAUUACAUUAUAGGCAUGAGCCACCAAGCCCGGCUAAUUUUGUAUUUGUAGUAGAGAAGGGGUUUCUCCAUGUUGGUCAGGCUGGUCUCGAACUACGAUCUCAGGUGAUCCGCCUGCCUCGGCCUCCUAAAGUGCUGAGAUUACAGGCAUGAGCCACCGCGCCCGGCUAAUUUUGUAUUUUUAGUAGAGACGGGGUUUCUCCUUGUUGGUCAGGCUGGUCUCGAACUUCGACCUCAGGUGAUCCGCCUGGCUCGGCCUCCCAAAGUGCUGGGAUUACAGGCGUGAGCGACCGCGCCCGGCCGCGACUUGUUUUUGUUAUAAGGUUCCUCGUUUCAUUUGGAACGUUCAGACACAGUCUGACUUGAUUUCCAUCCGGAGUAAGGAAGAGCCGCUCAAGGGCAGUCACGGAGGCCGCAGGUGCGGCUUCUUCACCCGCGGUGCUGGAGUUCUCUCAAAUGGAAGCCCAGGACGAUGAAAACCUUAUAGGUGGGCUGCUGCUUACACACAACAGCCGCCACGGCGUAAAAUAAACUACAAAACUACAAGCCUUUACCAUUUCAAACACACCGACGAGGGCCAGCCCCAGCCCUACACCCGCAGGGGCACACAGAAAAGACUUAGUUACCACGGCCAAGUACGAAGCCUCCGGGAGAGCGUUCUUCUUAUCCUACGUAAACACGCAGUUUCCCGAGCUCGACAAUCGGCUAGCCACUCCUGAUAGCGUUCGGCGCUCGCCUCUCGGCCCUUGCUCCUGCGUAUUACGGCUUCUUCCAGUCGCCUCAGCCCGGAUCGGGAAGUGUCAAGCGGGCGCCGGGUUCCCCCACCUCCGCCGCUAUCACCACUGAACCCGGACCCCCUACCCAGGUCCAGGGCCAGCCGCCAUGACGAACGUGUACUCCUUGGAUGGGAUUCUGGUGUUUGGUUUGCUCUUUGUUUGCACCUGUGCCUACUUCAAGAAAGUACCUCGUCUCAAAACCUGGCUGCUAUCAGAGAAGAAGGGUGUUUGGGGUGUGUUUUACAAAGGUGAGGCCAUGUCUGGACAGGGAGAAGAGACUGCCAUCUCUGGACAGUGUGGAGCUACAAACCGCUGUGAUUGGAACCAGACUGCAUGCUGCUGUGGCAAUUGCUUGUGUUGUAAUGGCCUUUUACGUCCUGUUUAUAAAAUGAAUUCCAAAGUACCCAAGUCUUCAACUGCCAACCAAGGGAAUGGGGAUGAAGAACCUGUUGGAGACCUGAACCCAGUGUAGGAGAGUUCAGCUGAAAUCAUCAGUCCCCAGGAUGACACCACAGCGUCUGCCCCUGCUAUAUGUGGGGAAAACUCAUGAUCAUGAACAUUAUGCUUCAGGGGAACUACAGAAAGCUAGCUUCCUUUGAUCUGUGUGUAAAUCAGUCCUUGGCAGAGUGCAUAUAAUGUCCAGAUAAAUUACACCCCUCGGUGAUAAGAUUACAUACCUCCUUCAUAAAAACCUGUCAUCCUGUUUUGUUCUUCAGCUCCUCAUCAGGAUCUUUUCAAACUGAGGCUCAUUAGGGAAGGAACUAGGCUGUGUUCAGACCUCUUUUGAAGAGAGAGAAUUUUCAAGACUUCUUUUCACUCUUUGAUUUGGAUCUGGCAAAUUGGGGAGGGGAUGCUGGGUAGGAAACAGUUAUGAAAUGCCAAGAAAUUCUUUGGCUUUAGAAAUUUAUCUUUCACGUACCCAUCUGGGAACAUAAAAGAGAAGCAUAGCACUCAUUGCAGAAAGAGAACAGAUGAAGUAGCUGUGUUAUGUGCUGGUAUCUUGAGAGUUUUGCCAAGAAAAUCUGGGCCUACAUAAAAUUUGAGAAUUAUCUGUGUGAUGAGACCAGAAAGCAGUGGCUUAGACAAGAAAAAAUUUUUCUGUUCACCAGUAUCCUCAAAUGGAGACUUCACUUGAUCAGAUGGUAUAUGAAAAAUGAAUCAACUGUUGCUAUUUCAUAAAACCUUUUUAUAUUUUCUAAAUUUAGUGCUAAAUACUGUUACUCAGUUUUAAAUGCCACGACUAGGGGAAAAAGAAACUAUUGAAGAAAUAAUUGUUCAGUAUAUUUGCAGUUGGGGUAGAAGAAAGAAAUCUAGUAUAUUGACUCAUGUGCUAGUAAAUUCAUCUAGUAUAAGAACUUGUGAUGUUAGAUUGAAGUUUUGUCAUGUUAUAAAAGACAACAAACAUUUUCUGUUUAAGUCUGAGUGUUAUGGCAAUUUUUAGUUGAUUACUUAUUUUUCUUAGCCAACUUUUAAUUUUCUUCAUAUUGCAUUGCUCUUUAGUUGUCUCUGGAAAUUCUAUUUACUUUAAGGACAUGAGAAAUUCAAAUGAGAGAAGUUGCUGAUACUCAUCAGUGUGUUUGGACAGUUCAUAGGAUCCACAAAUCAAAUGAGGUUUCCUGAAGUAGAAGAAAAUAGAGCUUUGCAAUUGAUACUGAAGUACUUUGCCAUGGAGUUAGUAACUCCUGAGCAGACCAUUUUAGAUGGCUCAGCAUUUGGCAGGAAGACUUCUCCAUUCCCUCCUUACAUCUACAGAAGGAUCAGCUGUUGGAUGUCUAGAACUUCUCUAUUAAAAAAAAAGAGUAGGUCUAAAAUUAAAUUAUUGUAAGCAAGCAUAGACAUGGGUCUUCUAGUUGAAUUGUCCAUUACCGUAAAACUUAGUGGUGGACAAGUUAGCUAUGGUUGAUUCCUGUGUGGCAGUAAAUUGUCUUCUGUCUGCUUACUCCAAAUAAUAAAAGCUGCUAGGAAGUUUAGAUUUUGAAAUAGGCAGUUUAAUGCUUUGAGGGUUUCUAGAAAUACAGAAAGUCAGCAAGUAAACACUACAUGUCUAAUCAUCUCAGAGUUGUGGCUGUUAUCUCUUCAGGAAUUGGUCCACAGGGUAAAUUUCAACAAUUCAUGUUUUCCAUUGUCAUUUCUGAGGACCUUUGAGAUGAGAGAAAGGAAAUCUAGUGGAACAGGAAAGAGUUACACCUUGUGGGUGUGAGUUUGGGACCUGUUGGCUGAAGGGAAUGUCACUCCCUGGAAACAGGUUCAGCAUGUUUGCACUUGUUAUUUUGUAGCUUUAAUGAUUUUUGUUUUCUAAUAGGGCAGAUGUCUCUAAGCUUGUUGUUUAGAGCUGCUUCAUAUUUUAAACUAGUUCCAUUCCACAGUUCUAGUUCAAACCAGUUUUUACAGCCUCCUGGGUGGGUCGUCUUGACCUAAACUCUUUUGUUGUUACAUUUUGAGAUGUUUUCAUACCAGAAUGUACCAAAAAGUGCACAAGGUAAAGGUAAUUUACAUUGUUUCAUUUCUUGACUUUCCCUAAGCAGAUAAGCAGAAACUUGUUUAACUCAUCACUUUGUUUGACGUGUCUUACAUAUUUUUGACUAAAAGUUAUAGGAUGUUAUUCCUCUGGGGGAAUCUUUUACAGGCGGAGGAAUGGGGAUAGCCGUAUUGCCUCAGAUUCAAACUGGCAUCACCAUAAACCCUGUAGGCCAGGGUGGAAUGAAAUCAGCUCCUUUUUGUAGUUGAAAUACAAUUUUUUAUUCACCAUUGUCUGCACAAAUCCUUGAAAAUAAACCUUUUUUUCCCUACAA